GAGAGUUCAUCUCAAUUCCCCUCCCAAAAAAACCAUGCCUUCGUCUUCUUCUCCUUCAGCCAUGUCUGUUAAUUUGGUUUCAAAAACCAUGGUUUUCCCAGACCAAAAAUCAAGCCUUGGAGACCUUAAGCUUUCUGUUUCGGAUCUCCCAAUGUUGUCAUGUCAUUACAUCCAAAAAGGUUGUCUCUUUAAUCGCCCUUCCAUUCCCACCAAUUCACUCGUUUCUCUCCUCAAACAGUCCCUCUCCAAGACGCUGUCUUUCUUCCCUCCCCUCGCCGGCCGUCUUUACACCGACGAAAAAGGUUACAUUUACAUCACCUGCAACGAUGCCGGCGUUGAAUUCCAGCAUGCAAUGUGUACAACUUCGUUCAUUCGUGAUGUCAUUGGUCCACUCCAUGUUCCGCAGUUCGUGAAGGGAUUCUUCUGUUUCGACAAGACGGUGAGUUACAAUGGCCAUUUUAAACCAAUCAUGGCCGUCCAAGUCACGGAGCUCGGAGACGGUAUCUUCAUCGGUUGUUCGGUUAACCACGCGGUGACUGACGGUACGUCGUUCUGGAACUUCUUCAACAAUUUCGCUGAAAUUUGCAGAAUAAUCAGUGACGAUAGUAACAUGAGCAUCGAAAGAAUCGCGAGGCAACCGGAUUUUUCGCGGGAAUCGGUGUUGAUUUCACCGGCGAUUCUACAAGCCCCUGAAGGCGGGCCCAAAGUUACGUUUAACGAAAACGAACCAUUAUCGGAGAGAAUUUUCAGUUUCAACAGAGAAGCCAUUUUGGAACUCAAAGCCAAAGUUAACAACAGCGUCGUUAAUGGCGACUUUAACGCCGUUGAAAUUCUCGGGAAACAAAGAAACGACAAGCACUACACUGAAACGGCUCUUGUUUCGAAAACGGCGGAGAUUUCAUCGUUCCAGUCACUCUCGGCUCUUCUCUGGCGAGCGGUGACGCGUGCUAGGAAGCUGCCGGCUUCCAAAACGACGACGUUUAGAAUGGCGGUGAAUUGCCGUCACAGGUUGAACCCGAAGCUGGACCCAUUGUAUUUCGGGAACGCGAUUCAAAGCAUUCCAACGUACGCAUCAGCUGGUGACGUCACGUCACGUGAUCUGCGCUGGUGCGCGCAGCAGUUGAACGUGAGCGUGAGGGCCCACGACGAUGAAACGGUGCGCCGUUUUGUCCGUAACUGGGAGAAGGAUCCGCGGUGUUUCCCUUUGGGGAACUUCGACGGCGCGUCCAUGACGAUGGGGAGUUCGCCGCGGUUCCCGAUGUACGAUAACGAUUUUGGGUGGGGGCGACCGUUGGCGGUCAGGAGCGGCGGCGCUAACAAAUUUGACGGCAAGAUAUCGGCUUUUCCGGGGCGGGAAGGCAAUGGAAGCGUAGAUCUGGAAGUUGUUUUGCCGCCUGAAACUAUGGCCGCCAUUGAAUACGAUGUUGAAUUCAUGCAAUAUGUGGUGAAUUAAUGGUUUCUUUUUUGGGUAUUUUUAAUUAAUUUU